AUUCACACUUCAAUUUGCGAUAAUGUCAGUAAAAUGCAAAUUAUUUGUCAGUAGUUUUCAAUAGUUCAAGUAAAUGAACAAAUUAAUCAAAAUGCAACAGGCAAAGCAAUAGUACUUUUUGAUGAAAAUACAAAAUUACAAUGAACACUUAUUUUAAUAUUUGAACUAACAAAAUCUGUUUUGAUGAAAAUGUAUAAUACAUAAAUUUGGGUAACUUCAUAAGAAUUAUGGACCAGAUCUAACAGAGUACAAAAUUUCAUAAAUUCGUUUUAUUCUCCGCUAUUGUCAACACAUAAUUAAAAUGCAGCCAAAAUACUAAGCAAAAACUCAAACAUAACUGUUAUUGAUACUAAACAUAAAUCAAAUUAUUUUCGAUCAUAAAAUGGAGAAUGAAAACAACCAAGCCAACUCAAACAAUAUAAUUCAGACAUUCACUUUUAAAGACUACAACAAAACAACAGAAAGAUCAACAUUCAGAAAACUAUCUGCUCUAGUCAAGAUACAUGAAGACAUUAAAAAAGAUGAAGAAAAUGGGCUCCGUCUUCGCAUGGAUUGGACCAACUACCAUCGUUUGGAUGUAAUACAUUCGUUUAUCGAUGACCUAGAGUUUGACUUUCCAUCUAUUUGUACUUCAUUUGUCAUCGGAAAAUCAUUGGAGGGUAGAGAUUUAAAGUUACUCAAGAUAUCGAAUAGUAACGCCAACAAUGCAAGUGUGUGGCUGGACGCCGGCAUCCACGCUCGUGAAUGGAUCGCGCCAGCUGUGGCUACCUACAUAGCCGACUAUAUCACUAGGAAUUUCAAUGAUAUGCCUGAAUGUAUCACUAAUAAAGACUGGUACAUCCUUCCAGUUAUGAAUCCCGACGGUUACGAAUAUUCUCACACAAAAGACCGUAUGUGGCGAAAGAACAGAGCUUGGCACGGCGGCCAGUGCGUCGGUGUUGAUCUUAACAGAAACUUUAGUAUUGGCUGGGGCCAGAAAGCGUCUUCUGAUAAUCCGACGAACAAUUUUUACAGAGGACCAGAACCAUUUUCUGAACCAGAAUCAUCGGCUGUUCGCGAUUUCAUGUUAAAUUCUGGUAUUACGUUUAAAGUUUACAUCACAUUGCAUAGUUAUGGAGAGGUAAUCAUGUUUCCAUUUGCUUUCAAAGAUGAUCUUUGCCCAGACUACAUCCGUCUGCUCGAAGGAGCAACUGCUAUGUCGAGGGGUAUAUAUGACUUCAAUGGAAACACGUAUAAAGUUGGAAUUUCAAAAGACGUUAUGUAUGGAGCUGCUGGCACAAGCAAUGAUUGGAGUUACGGUGAAUUAGGCAUUCCUUAUUGCUACCUCAUCGAACUACGAAGUAAAAAACAUAAAUUUAGACUUCCCAAAGAAGAAAUAAAUGAAACUUCAAACGAGAUCUGGAACUCUAUUAAGGCCUUAAUGGAGUUUGUCGAUGAUACUGACAGUCAAGAGAAAAUUAUCUUCAAAGUGGCCAACUCAAUUUCAAAUACUCAAGUAUGGGAAGUGAGAUUUAUUAGAGAAGGACAAAGGCGUUUUGUUAAAUCAUUGGAUACACAUGGAGCGAUAACAAUCUGGAAAGAAGAAAAUAGCACAAUGGAUAUAAUGGUGGAUGGACCUAGAAUCACACAGAUAGCCGGUAUGCUUCACGAAAGGGAGAUACCGUAUUCUAUAGCAAUUGGCGAUGUUGGGUCUGUACUGAGUAGGGAACAAGGGAUUAAAUAUUCAAAGAAUAACCGAAAACCAAACUAUUGUGAAAUGGAUUGGCAUAACUAUCAUCGUCUUCAUGUAAUUUACGCGUUCAUGGAGAAUUUGUCACAUGAAUACCCUUAUUUGUGCUCGGUGGCCGUUAUUGGAAAAUCUGCUGAAGGACGAGAUAUUAAGAUUUUAAAGGUAUCUAAUGGUAAUGAAUAUAACGUUGGCGUCUGGUUAGACGCAGCUAUUCAUCCCCGUGAGUGGAUCAGCACAGCUGUCGUGACGUACAUUGCUGAUAGACUCGUCCGGACCUUUCAUGAGCAGCCUGAUUGUGUAACUAAUAAGGAUUGGUACAUACUUCCAGUACUGAAUCCGGAUGGUUAUGAAUACACGCACACGCACGACAGAAUGUGGCGUAAGAACAGGGCCCGUUACGGUGAAUGCGUCGGAGUUGACCUUAACAGGAAUUUCAGUUACGGCUGGGGAGAGAAAGGCGAGGAAGGUUCAUCAGAAGACCCGGGUAACAUCUUUUACCGAGGACCGAAACCAUUCUCCGAACCUGAAACGGCCGCUCUAAGACGCUUGAUCACCAAAAGCUCGACGCCGUUCAAGGUGUUUCUAUCGUUUCAUAGCUACGGCGAAGUCGUUAUAUUCCCAUGGGGGUACACAGAUGAACCAUGUCCUGAUUAUGUAGAGCUGUUGGAAGGAGGCACUUCUAUUGCAAAGGCAAUAUAUGAAACAAGCGGACGCACAUAUAAAGUAGGCAGUACGAAGGAUCUCAUGUAUUUUGCGUGCGGCAACAGUAUAGAUUGGAGUUACGCUGUUGCGGGCAUACCUUAUUCGUAUAUGGUUGAAUUGAGAGGGAAGAAACACAGAUUCCUGCUGCCUCAAAACGAAAUCGAGUCAACCGCCAAAGAAGUAAUGAAUGGAGUAUUCAGAUUGUUGGAUUUUGUUGACGGGAAAAGUAAAAGUUGCCAGUCGUGUGACUGUUCGAAAUGAUAUAUUCUGCUUAUAUAAAUGAAUGAUAAAUCAAGAAUUGAACCGCUACGUUAUGUAAUCUAAUAUAUAAUGGAACGUCUAUGGAAAAUAUUGUUUAAAUACGAAAACAUUUUUGUAAUUAAUAAAAUAACAAUUUAAAACGAUACGGAAAA